AGAACACAAUGAGAGCUGUUCUUUGGAAUAUUGCGCUAAUUCUUCUAGUUGCUGCUGUGGAUUGUGCACAGGUGCAUAUUUAUGUCAGUCCAAAUGGAUCGGACUCAAAUUCAGGGUUGACCGUCUCUCAACCUCUGAAAACAAUACAGAAAGCAGUUAACAAACUUGAUGAGAGUGGUGUGAAAGGCAAUGAAGUGUUAAUCGAAUUAAUGCAAGGUUACCAUGAUUUAGCAUCCAGUGUUUUAUUUCCACAUGGUUACUCGGCACCAGUCACUGUUCGUUCUUACAAUCACCAAGAAGUCCAUGUUACCGGAGGAAGGCGUAUCCAAUCAUCUAACUUUAAACACGUUACCGAUUCAAACAUCUUGAAUGUUAUACCCCAAGUUGCCCAUUCAAAGGUUCUACAAAUUCACCUACCAGAUGUUGGUAUCACUAAUUAUGGUUCUUUAUCUAAUUAUGGUUUUUAUAGAGAACGAGUUGCACCGUUAGAGAUCUUCAUUAAUGGUAAUCCUUUACGAUUGGCCGAAUGGCCCAACAAUAAAUACAUCAAUAUCAAGCAAGUUUUGGAUGGUCAACAUGGAAAGAGAUUUACCCACGAAUCAAUCCGUGAUAUCAAAUGGAAGCAAGAGAAAGAGCCAUGGGUGUUUGGGUUUUGGUAUUGGGGUUGGGCUGAUAUGUCUAUCAAAGUAAACUCAAUAGAUACCAGUACACAUACCAUUACACUGGUAGAGAAGGCCAAGUUCGGAAUGAGAACAGGAAGUUUGCUCGAUGGUGAUAAACUGAAUGGAUAUGGUAAACAAGGAGGGUAUUUCAGAGUUAUCAAUAUGUUGUCAGAGUUAGAUCAACCGGGUGAAUAUUACCUCGACAGAUCGACCGGCAUCUUGUACCUCUGGCCUAACACUCCAUCUGGUACAUUAUCACCAACAGAUAUAGUUUAUGUUUCUCUUAUUGAUGACUGUAUCAAAUUACCACAAGGCAAGACGAACAUCAACCUUCAAGACUUCACAUUAGAGGCAUGUCGUCAUUAUGGUAUUUGGGGUUCGAAUCUUAGUCACCUGAAGAUCUCUAAUCUGGAAAUCAAGAAUAUGGGAUCGUAUGGUUUUAGAUGUUCUAACCAGUGUAAUUCUGUAAGUGUAUCAAGAUGUGAUAUACAUCACAAUGAUGGUGGUGUCUUCAUGAAAGGUGGCGAUAGAAACAAACUGAUUUCCUCUGGAAGUAUAAUAGAAGAUAAUCACUUGUGGAAAAUUGGGCGUGCAACAUUAGUCGGUGCUAAUUUCAUUACUCCAGAAGGUGUCAAUGUAAUCGUGAGGAAUAAUUACUUACAUGAUGGGUCAUAUUCCUGUAUUAGAUGGGCUGGCAAUGAUCAUAUCAUGGAGUACAACUAUUUUAAUAAAUGUUGUUUUAAUUCAAGUGAUUGUGGAGCUAUUCAUGCUGGUAGAGAUUGGACCAUGAGAGGAAAUGCUAUAAGGUAUAAUUAUAUAGAGAAAUCAUUAAGAUUGUGGCCUGGUGCUGAUGUUCGUGGUAUUAUGUUAGAUGAUCAAUAUUCUAGUGUUAAUAUUGAACAUAAUGUCUUUAUUGAUAAUGAAAUCCAUGCCAAUAUUGGGGGAGGAAGAGAUAAUAUCAUCCGAUACAAUGUAUUAUAUAAUUCUACCAAGGCUUCUAUACAAGUUGAUGGUAGAGGAAUGACUAAAAAAUUUAACACCGAACUACAAAAACAUCUAAAGGCAGUGCCCUAUACUAGUUCUAUUUGGACAGCAAAAUAUCCAAAAUUAGCAGCAACGAAAGAUAACUGGAAUUUACCAGAAGGUAAUGAAAUAUAUGGCAAUAUAUAUUAUAAUAAACAUGGUAUACCAUGGUCAGUUUCUUAUAAUGAUAUAAAUGAAGACAAAUAUUAUAAUAGGCACGAUAAUAAACAUACUUAUACCAGUACUGACUUCUACGCACCGGAAUAUAAGAAUUUCCAUUUGGAAUGUACUGGACAAGAGUGGGCUAAUGGAAUUAAUUUUGAACAACCAAUUGCGUUUAGCAAAGUUGGACCUAGAUAUCCCUAUGGCCCACAGUAUCUAAAUAAAGGCAAGUUACCGGCAAGGACUCAAGUACCAACUGGUUUCAACAAACAUCCAUGUAGUGGUACAGCGAAACCAGCCACUGCCAUUCCACAUGUCGCUUAUUUACCCGAUGGUUCAGCACCUAAUAAUCUCAUCCAAAAUAUAACAAAUGAAGGAUGUUGGCUAUUAAUCAAUGACUGCCCAGCUCAUCCUAACAAUGUUAAAGGAACUUUCCGAGAUACAUAUGGGGAACAGCAUGAACAAGCUGGCAACAUUGAAGCAAACUGUUUAGCCAGAGCUGCCAAAGAAUGGAGAUAUUGUGGAUCCGCAAAAAAUAAACCUAUCACAGCUGUCUAUGGUCCAACAGGAGCAAUGACAAUAGGAGGUGAUGGUUGCUUUUUUGCGGCAUACGGUUGUCCAAAACAUAAUGAUAACCGUGUGGGGUUCAUGAGAGAUACCUACGCUGAACAACAUGACGGCGGCGACACUAAUGAAGAAGCUUGUUUGAAACGAGCUGCUGGUCAAUGGGCUUGGUGUGGUAAAGACAGAGAUAAGCCUUACACAAGUAUUUUUAGACCAACAGGAGCUGUAAGAACUGGUGGUGCCGGUUGUUGGAUCAAAGUAACUAAAUGUCCUGCUGACUCUAAAAUUAAAUACUAUUUCUAUGAUGCUUGGGGUGCUACUAAUAUGGGAUCAGAUGAUGAUGCCAAUGAAUGUUUCGCAAGAGCAGGUUUCUACUGGCGAAAAUGCGGAUCUGACAACAAUUAUCCUGUAACAGCUUAUUAUAGACCUACUGGUGCACAGAAAACUGUACCGUAAGACCUUUAGUUGAAAUAAAAUUCGAUUAU